ACAUGAAACUAAUCAAAUUUCUGAGUUUGUUCUGUCUUAAGAACAUGCCCUCCAAAGAAAAUUGGAGUCUUAAAAGCCAACAUUGAUGUUUAUGAUUUGGUUCGUGGGUUGACAUGAACGUCUGCUAGUGCUGCUCUGCUUUGGUUGUUUUCUCGGUUCAUUAUUGCAUGAACAAAGUUUAAUUGAGUGAGGGAACCCUAUCCACGAAUGGAUUCAGAUCCCGAGGCUGACAUAGAUGGAAAUGACACUUCAUCCAAACGAGAUUUUCUCAAACUUGAGAGAAAUCUCCAAACGUCUGGUUUUCGCGAGGGAGCCGGAGCAGGGCAGGAUGGGGCUUUCCAGAGUGGUUUUGACGCUGGUUAUGCCGAAGGCUUCAAGACAGCGUUUUCCCUUGGAAAAUUUAAUGGGAUUGUUGAAACAUUAAAGAGAAAUGCUGAGUUGCUUUCCCUUAACGAGCAGGAGCUUGACAGUUUCAGCUUUGAGAAUUCCAGAUUUGGGCUGUGCCAAAUUUGUAAAGAUUCAGCAGAUAAGUCUCCUUGCAAUUGUAAGAAAUCCCAAGAUAUUACUACAAUAAGUGCAAGACAAGCAGAAAUCACCAAGAAAGCACUGACUGAAAAAAUGUCCAUUAGUUUACCUAUAUUUGAAAAGACAGGACUCAAUGAAUUAAUUGCACAUGAUUCAGAAUAGGCAUAAUUCCUCGCAUAAUUCUCAAGUUCACAUUCCAUCUCAACAUUUUUCUAAUAAAGAACAUUUUUUAAUUUAA